GACACGGAGGAGCGCUCGGUUGCUCAGUUAUCCUCUCAUCGAGUCUAGAGAGUAGUCGGUAGCUCUUGGUUAGCCUGGCCUGGAUAGCUAGUCGGUUGUCAAACCUCAGGCUGUACCGGCUGUACCAGACAGUCAUUCCCACACGGAACAUAUCAGCGAUCUGUCAUUUCAACGCUACAAGCCACUGUGUCACAACCAGAAGCACUGAAGUCUGAGCUGUGCUCAUCGGUGUGUCGGUCAGCAGCGGGUCAUGGCGGAGGAAGCGGUGGUCACGGUUCGGCUGGUCCGGUCUUUCGAGCACAGAAACUUCAAGUCCGUGGUGUUCCACCGAGUCCGGUUGGAGCAGACGGUGCAGAGAUUCAUGCAGCUUGUCAGAGAAGAUAUUGUAACAAGACAAGGACUUCCUCUUCCUUUCAAGAAAUAUACAUAUGACACAAUGAAGAUAAUCCACCAAGCACAUGGAGCUAAGACUAAUGAGUUGGUGAUGAGUUUAGAGGACGAUGAAAAGCUUAUUCUGCAAGAUGGCCAAACCCUUGAAGCUGCUGGUGUUGCAAAUGAAACAGAAGUGGCUUUCUUCAGGAAAGAAGACUACGAGCUCUAUAAAGCAAAUCCCCAAACUGCUUGGUGACAGCAGUAUUUUACCUGCUCUAUCUUAACUCAGUUUUUUUUCCCAUAAAGACUAGAGGUCAAAGGUCAAGUAUGCCAGAAACAACAGGAAAACAAGAACAGUGCAGUCAUGUUAAUAUCAGAAAGUUUUAAUUUGUGGUGUUGUCCUUUGUAAACUGAUGCUUAUUAUCCACCACACUGGUGUGCCUUUUUAUUUCUAUUUUUCUUCUUUUUAUCUUGUGGUAGUUGUUGCCAUGGAAAUUUUCACUGCAGUUUUUUAUGUGCGGAAUAAAGUUUGACUUUGAUGAA